AGUGAAAGGAAGACGGGAGCAAGAAAAAGCGAAGAGAACUUGGAGCAUCCGAGCAUAGAUUUCCCUCGCACAAGAAGCAAAAGAGUACAGUGAAGCAAAGAGCCAAAGAGUCGGAGCGGAAGUAGCCUGGAACCCCUCCCUCGCCUCCAUAAGCUUGGUGCUGGGUCCAAAGCCAAGAGAGAAGAAGAAGAAGAGUAGCGAUGGAUGAGAGGAAGAGGGGCAAACCCUUGUCCGAUGACAAAAAAUCGCCUUCAGCAUCUCCUGUUUCUGGCAAGAAAGUAAUCAUCAAAAGUGCGGACAUGAAGGAGGACCUGCAGAAAGAGGCGAUCGAUUGUGCUCUCUCCGCUUUUGAGAAAAACAGUGUAGAGAAGGACGUUGCAGAACACAUUAAGAAAGAGUUCGACAAGAAGCAUGGACCUACCUGGCAUUGUAUCGUCGGUCGCAAUUUCGGUUCAUAUGUCACUCAUGAGACAAACCACUUUGUCUACUUCUAUUUGGAUCAGAAAGCAAUAUUGCUAUUCAAAUCUGGUUGAUGGUGGGGGUUGGUAAUGAGAUGGUGGUGAGUUUACGAUUAGGUGACUACAUAUAGCAAAUGUAUGUAACUAUGUGUCAACUGAAUACUUGGCAAGCAAAAUCUCUUGCAGGAUAUUGUGCUCAAUCUGUAUACUUACACUUCAAAUGGGUUCUUCUAGUGGAAUGCUGCCUCUGGGAUUGAAUUGGAACACUAAA